CUGUGAUUCAUCGGACAGCAAACUCCAAUAUCUCAUGCCUGGCGGGUCUUGGCUUCCACUGCGGUCCCAAUUUUCCUCCAGUAAGGAAAUCCACGUCUGAUUCUAAACAGACAGCGGAUCCGACUCCGCAUUUGUUCCUCGGUUUAGUUUUCAAUUAUGAGCUCGCGCCGCAACCCUUAUCAAAACCCGCAUCCAUCCCGCCAUCUCUUUGGAUCGUCACUCCCACAGAUAUAAUUUAUUCAAAAAAGAUUGAAUAAAUACAGUGAGGAGUGAGGAGGAGAUCGACGUCUGCUGUUGUUGCAGCUGCUUGCGGCGGAGGGUUGUGCUCCGGCGUGAUGGAUCAGCGCAUGGUGGAUUCAGAUCGUAGAGCUUCUCCGGAAUGCAGAAAUCCAAGUAGCAGCGAUUACGAGGUCAAGAGCUGUGGGGCAUGCCGAACCACCGAGACGCCCCUUUGGCGAUCGGGCCCUGACGGCCCCAAGACGCUCUGCAACGCGUGUGGGAUCCGAUACCGGAAGAACAAAACAGAACCGGGAAUGAAGGCGAAGAAGGAGAAGAAAGAAUUGUUCCUGGAGGUUCAGAUGCCGGGAUUGGGGCUGAGAAAGAAGCGAUCUGUUAUCCAGAAGCAUUGGAGGAGGUGGUGGCGGAGGAGCAUGAUUGGGGAAGAGGAGCAGGCUGCUGUCCUCCUCAUGGCUCUCUCCUAUGGCUUGAUUUAUGACUCGAGUUGAGUGCUUCUUCAAUAUCUUUCAUCCCUAUGAUCUACUUGACUACUUUCUCCAAUCCUGUAGAUUCAUCCAUGCAAGAUCCAGCUCCAUUUCAAUAAAAAAGAUAGCAAUUUCCUCAU